AUCAAUAUCUACUAUACGUCUAUACACAUGCAGUCAACAAUCCAAGUCUCCCAUCCCAUGUUAUAAAGGUCUCUCACUUCAUGGAGGGAUCAAACAAACAUACAUAAAAGUCUCCACUAAACAGAGGCAACCAGUUUCAGUUUCUCAACAUUACAAUGUCCAACUCCAAUCAUGCAUGUCAUGCAUGGCUAGCAAUCCCAGCUACGUUGCUGGUUUUGCUGGCUCUUUGUGAAGGCACUUCUGGGCUAACACAAGCUGAGGCCCUACUCAGGUGGAAACAAAGUCUCCCUAACCAACCCAUUUUGGAUUCAUGGGUGAUGAAUUCCACUACUAGCCCAUGUUCAUGGCGAGGUAUUACUUGUGACACUCAAGGCACAGUGACUAUAAUAAACUUGGCUAGAGCUAAACUAGCAGGUACCCUUCGAAACUUUAACUUGUCCCUAUUCCCUAACCUACUUCAUCUUGAUCUCAGUGAUAACAGUUUCACUGGCCCCAUACCACAAAACAUUGGGCUGCUCUCAAUGCUCCAAUUCCUUGACUUUUCCGGCAAUAAUCUCAAUGGCACUCUUCCUCUUUCUAUUGCCAAUCUCACUCAAGUUUAUGAGCUUGAUGUUUCAAGAAAUCAUAUAACAGGGAUAUUAGACCCUCGCUUAUUUCCAGAUGGAUCUGAUGAGCCCAAAAGUGGACUCAUUGGUAUCGGGAAUCUCCUCUUCCAGGACACCUCGCUAAGUGGCACAAUCCCAAAUGAAAUAGGGAACAUAAGAAACUUAACUCUGCUUGCUCUAGAUGGAAGCCACUUCUAUGGGCCUAUUCCUUCAUCUCUAGGCAACUGCACACACUUAAGCACCCUUAGAAUGAGUCAAAACAAUCUCACUGGCCCAAUACCCCCAAGUAUUGGUAAAUUAACCAAUCUAACCGAGGUCUUCCUUCAUCAAAACCACUUAAAUGGCACGGUGCCUCAAGAAUUUGGAAACUUGUCAUCCUUGGUUGUGCUGCAUCUUGCUGAGAACAACUUUGUUGGUGAGUUACCACCACAAGUGUGCAAGAGUGGCACACUUGUAAAUUUCAGUGCAGCCUACAAUAGUUUCACUGGCCCAAUUCCAAUAAGCCUUAGAAACUGUCCAGCCUUGUAUAGAGUUCGAAUUGAAUAUAACAGGCUGACAGGUUAUGCAGAUCAAGAUUUUGGAGUGUACCCUAACCUCACUUACAUGGACUUCAGUUAUAACAGGGUGCAAGGUAGGAUUUCAGAAAAUUGGGGGUCUUGCAAAAACUUGCAAUCUCUCAACAUGGCUGGGAAUGCAAUUAGUGGCAACAUUCCAGGUGAGCUUUUUCAGUUGGACCAACUACAAGAGCUUGACCUAUCCUCAAACCAAAUAUCAGGAGAGAUUCCACCACAGAUAGGAAACUCCUCCAAGUUAUAUAAGUUAAAUUUGAGUGACAACAAGUUCUCUGGUCUGCUACCAGCAAAAAUUGGAAGGCUUUCCAAUUUGCAGUCCUUAGACCUGUCUAGGAACAUGCUGUUGGGACCAAUCCCAAAUGAAAUAGGGGAUAUCUCCAACUUGCAGAAUUUAAAUCUUAGCAACAAUUACUUUAGUGGCACAAUCCCCUACCAAGUUGGAAACCUUGCAGCUUUACAACAAUUUUUGGACUUGAGUUACAAUUCACUUUCAGGAGAUAUUCCUUCUAAUCUUGGGAAGCUUUCAAACUUGAUAAGCUUGAAUAUCUCCCACAAUAAUCUGUCAGGUUCUAUCCCUGACCCCCUUAGUGACUUGUUGAGUUUGUUAGAAAUCAACCUCUCCUACAAUUAUUUGGAGGGCCCAGUUCCUAAAGGUGGCAUAUUCAACUCUUCUCAGUUCCUAGAUUUGAGCAAAAACAAAAAUUUAUGUGGGAAUAUUCGAGGUUUGAAUCCUUGUAAUGUCCCUCACACUAAACCUGAUGGGGGAUCAAGGAACAAAAACAUGCUUGUGAUCCCUAUUGUUGCUUCCUUGGGAGGUGUUCUUUUCCUUUAUUUGGUGUUAGUUGGGAUUAUUUUCUUUUGCUAUAAGAGAAAAUCAAGAGCUCCAAGACAAAGAAAUUCAUUCAGAUCGAAUCCAUUUUCAAUUUGGCACUUCAAUGGCAAAGUUGUGUAUAGAGACAUAAUCGAAGCUACCAGGAACUUUGAUGACCAAUAUUGCAUUGGGGAAGGAGCACUGGGAAAAGUUUACAAAGCAGAGAUGCAAGGAGGUGAAGUAUAUGCUGUAAAAAAGUUGAAGUGUGAUUCAGACAACAUAGACAUUGAGAGUAUAAAAUGCUUUCAGAAUGAGGUUGAAGCCAUGACAGAAACUCGCCACCGAAACAUUGUCAAGCUAUACGGAUUUUGCUGUGAAGGGAUGCACACAUUUUUAAUUUAUGAGUAUAUGGAUAGAGGGAACUUAGCAGACAUGCUGAGAAAUGACAAGGAGGCAUUGGAACUAGAUUGGCACAAGAGGGUUGAUAUUAUCAAAUGUGUAGCAAGUGCUUUGUCCUACAUGCAUCAUGAUUGUGCUCCUCCUUUAAUUCACAGAGACAUAUCAAGCAAUAACAUUUUAUUGUCCUCCAAUCUGGAAGCUCAUGUCUCAGAUUUUGGAACUGCAAGGUUUCUGAAGCCUGAUUCCUCUAUUUGGACAUCAUUUGCUGGCACAUAUGGCUAUGCUGCUCCAGAACUUGCUUACACAAUGGCAGUGACUGAGAAGUGUGAUGUAUUCAGCUUUGGCGUUUUGGUUUUGGAGAUUCUGACGGGAAAGCACCCUGGUGACCUUGUUUCAUCCAUGCAAACUAGUGGUGAACAAAAAGUAAACUUGAAGGACAUUUUGGACCCUCGUCUCUCGCCUCCUUCCAAGAGGCAUAUUUUGAACGAAUUGGAUUUUAUCGUAAAUUUAGCUCUUUCAUGUUUAAAAACAAACCCUCAAUCUCGACCAACAAUGCGAAGCAUAGCUCAGUUGCUUCAAAUGGAUACUGCAUAAGUGUGAUAUCUCAUAAGUUUUUGUUAUCUGGGUUGCAAUAAACAACUUUCAUUUUCUAUAUGUUGGCACUUAACAUGUAUCAUAUUGUAUCCUUCAUCAUAGUGGUUGUUUUCUUUUUCUUAAUUAAGAAACAAGGUACUUGAGUAAAGUGGUUAGAAUAUUUUACUCUUCAAUAAUGCUUUCUUUUCUUCGCUCGUAGAUGACAAAGAAUAGUUAUGUAAUGCAAUUGCUUUAGUCCUACUUUGAUGUUUCA